AUGUUUGACGCGAUCCCUGUGGUCUCUACAGUAGUCGGUCACACUCUUGAUAACGACUUCAUUAUUAAUGAUAAAAAUGACAGCGACUGUUUGCCUACCAGCGACGCGUCAAUUAGCCAUUGCCGCUCCCGAGACAGAGGAACUGCACGCGCUGACGCGACAGCGCCCGUGCGCUCUCGCACUACAAGUUCAAAUAAACAAUAUGAAAAUAUAAUUAUUGCAAUAACAGGAAACAAUCACUACAUCAGAAAUGUUAUUAUAAAACCUAAUAUAACUUGUCACUUCAAUCGUCUUUUUGUUAUUCUUGUAACUUCUUAUGUGGGCCAUGUAGAACUUAGGAGUGCUCAUCGAAGAGCUAUGUCGGCAGAUCGUUUAAAAUCUAUGAAUGCGACCAGGAUAUUCCUCUUGGCAAAGAUACCGAAAAAAGAAAAAUACAUAACACAAGAAGCAAUAAUUGAUGAGAGUGACAUUUUUGGUGAUAUACUACAAGGUGGCUUCACAGAAGACUAUAGAAACCUAACACACAAACACCUCAUGGGUCUGCAAUGGGCAUCAACCUUUUGUAACACUUCAUUUAUACUUAAAGUUGAUGACGAUAUUGUAUUCAAUUUGAAUCAAAGUUAUAACUUUAUGACCAAAAUAAAAGAUGAGAAAAAUGUACUAAUAGGUUACAUGUUAAAUAACACAUUGCCUAGACGAAAUAAGCAUAACAAAUGGUAUGUCACUCAAAAAGAAUAUUCUGGAAAUAUCUAUCCACCAUAUUUGUCGGGUUGGUACUACAUCAUGUCAAGCAAUAUUGCAUCUCUUAUAACUCAGGAGGCCCCAUAUCAUUAUCAGUUUUGGAUAGAUGAUAUAUUUGUGACAGGAAUAUUAUCAGAAUUUCUAGGUAUUAAAUUAAAGCAUUUACCAAAGGAUUACUGGCUGGAAUACUAUGAAUUAUUAGAAUGUUGUUUAAAAGACAUGUUGAUAAAAUCAAUACAAUGUGAAUAUGUUGUUGGACCUAAUGGAGGUAGAAAUGAAUUAAUAGUAGAAUUUAAUGAUACCUUAGAAAAAUGUAAGAGAAAAAAUUGCACAUUAAGAUCUGACAAUCAGCCUUUGAACAAAGUCUGUAUUAAUUAUAGAGAGAGAACUAUCUUUGGUGAUGGUAAAGCUGUGAUACAAAAUGUUAAAUUAUAG